AUAAAUACGAAAACCUAGUCCGCCUCCUUUCCGCCAUUCACAGCCCAUCGCUCCCAACCGCCUUUCUUCAAAUCUCCCAUGGCCACCGCCGUCGCCGCCGUCGUCUCUCGCACCGCUUUCGUUCAUCCUCCGGCGUCGUCCUCCGCCAGCCUAUCACCACUUCCGCCCUUUUCCAAAUCCUUUGUACUCUCUCCCAAAUCGUCCCAUAAAUUAGGCCAUAUAGCGCUUUCAAAAAAUCCAAUCUCCGAUAUCGUCAAGCAAUCGGAUAAUCCCGAUAUUGAUAGCGCAUUUUUUGCCGACGACGAUGACGAUAAGCCUCGUGAGGAAUGCGGAGUGGUCGGAAUCUAUGGAGACCCUGAGGCUUCGCGCCUAUGCUAUUUGGCGCUCCACGCGCUCCAGCACCGCGGUCAAGAAGGCGCAGGUAUUGUUACUGUGCACGACGGAAACCUCCAGUCUAUUACCGGUGUCGGUCUCGUAUCAGAGGUUUUCAGCGAAUCGAAGUUGGAUAAACUGCCGGGAGACAUAUCCAUAGGUCAUGUUAGAUAUUCCACCGCCGGAGCUUCUAUGCUUAAAAACGUCCAGCCUUUCGUCGCCGGUUAUCGUUUCGGAUCCAUCGGAGUUGCGCACAACGGUAAUUUGGUGAAUUAUCAGACGCUGAGAGCGGAGCUGGAAGAGAACGGAUCGAUUUUUAAUACGAGCUCCGAUACUGAGGUUGUUCUUCACUUAAUUGCGAUUUCUAAGGCGCGGCCGUUUUUUAUGAGAAUAGUAGAAGCUUGUGAGAAACUUGAGGGAGCUUAUUCCAUGGUGUUUCUGACUGAGGAUAAAUUGGUUGCUGUUCGUGAUCCUUUUGGUUUUAGGCCAUUAGUGAUGGGAAGGAGGAGCAAUGGAGCUGUUGUUUUUGCCUCCGAGACUUGUGCGUUGAAUUUGAUUGAAGCGACAUAUGAACGAGAAGUUUAUCCCGGCGAAGUACUUGUGGUGGAUAAAGAAGGUGUUAGAUCAUUGUGUCUGAUGCCUCAUAAAGAGGCGAAAUCGUGCAUUUUUGAACACAUAUACUUUGCUAUGCCGAAUUCAGAGGUAUUUGGGCGAUCGGUGUAUGAGUCAAGGCAUAAAUUUGGUGAAAUUUUGGCAACGGAAUCGCCUGUGGAUUGUGACGUGGUGAUUGCGGUGCCUGAUUCUGGAGUCGUGGCUGCUCUCGGGUACGCUGAGAAAGCCGGAGUUCCUUUCCAGCAGGGUUUGAUCAGGUCGCAUUAUGUAGGCAGGACGUUCAUCGAGCCGUCGCAAAAGAUUAGGGACUUUGGCGUGAAGCUUAAGCUGUCGCCGGUGAGGGCGGUUUUGGAAGGAAAGCGUGUGGUGGUUGUGGACGAUUCGAUUGUGAGAGGGACGACAUCUUCGAAAAUUGUGAGGCUGUUGAAGGAAGCGGGUGCGAAGGAGGUGCACAUGAGAAUCGCGAGCCCGCCGAUCAUAGCGUCGUGUUAUUAUGGAGUGGAUACGCCGAGCUCGGAAGAGUUGAUUUCGAAUAGGAUGAAUGUGGAGGAAGUGAGGAAGUUCAUAGGGUCGGACUCGUUGGCGUUUCUGUCGAUCGACAGCUUGAAGAAGCUGCUGGGAGAGGAUUCAGGGAGCUUCUGCUAUGCGUGCUUUUCGGGGAAGUAUCCGGUGCCGCCGACGCCGGCCGACGGUGACGGGAAGAUGAGGAUGAAGGUGAAGAGAAUGGGGGACUUUGUGGGUGAUGGGUUUAGGAGAGGGAGUGUGGAUGGAGGCUGGCAUGCUUUCGAAAUGGCAACAAUAAGAAUAACAGUGUGAAUUGGAGUAAAGAGGCAAAGUCCAUCAGCAUCUUCUUCGUAACCGUCUCAGUCUCUUAUUUAGUUACUUAUUAGAUAUAGGUUAACGACGAUUCUCUCCUUUUAAUUGGGUGGGUAGCAACAACAGCUUUCUUUUCUUUUGUUUGGUAAGGUAAUCCUGCUCAACUAUGUUUCAUGUCUCUCUUCUCUGUAUUUAUAAAUUUUGUUCACAUGCACACUUUCAAAAUUUUGACUCAACUUAAU